GAGAUGGUGUUGGAGAACAUCCUACUCAGGCUUUCCUUGACGUGUACACUAUUCGUGAAGAACUUGGAACUGUCAAUGGAUUGACUAUCACAAUAGUUGGUGAUUUAAAAAACGGUAGAACGGUCCAUAGUUUAGUUAGGGUAUUGUCACAAUAUCAAGUCACCCUUAACUAUGUUAGUCCUGUGUCGCUGCGUCUUCCUGAUGAAAUCAAAAUGGAAGUUCGCAAAACUAGAGGAAUAAAGCAAAAAGAAUAUACUGACUUGGAAUCUGUAAUCGCAGAAACUGACGUACUUUAUGUGACACGAAUUCAGCGUGAGCGAUUUGCGGAUCAGACGGAAUAUGAACGAAUUAAAGAUUCCUAUAUAAUAAAUAACUCUACAUUGAGUCGUUCUAAACCAAACAUGAUUGUAAUGCACCCAUUACCGCGAGUGAAUGAAAUUGACCCAGAAGUAGACUUUGAUGAACGUGCUGUUUACUUUCGGCAGAUGAAGUACGGAAUGUUUGUCAGGAUGGCACUAUUAGCCAUGUGA